AUGAAGACGUUGUGUUUGCCCGUGUUGCUGUUGGCUGUAAUUGUUUUAGGUUGUGAAUCGCAUCCAGGCCAUGGGCGCCAUGAAAAAAGCCAUGACAAUUUGAAAAAAAGGUUGCAAGAAGCCGGAAUCGCUAAUUUGACCAUUCAUCAUGAAAAGGUAACAGAUUGGUCUUUUCUCUUGACACUUCAUCAACACCAUCACAGACACUAACUUCAUUCCAAAAACACCUAUAUUUACACUUUUAUCAAACAAUUACUUCUAUAUGGUUUACAUUUAUUUUCUGUAAUAAUGGACACAAUUUGCACAUUCACUGAAAUGCUUAACAGUUUUUAACAUUAACACCCUUAAAGGAAAAAUAUUAGUAACGCAGUCAAUUGCUAUCGUUAAAAAGGAACUAACAAUUAAUUAACCCCUUAGGGAAAGUUCAUUUAAUAUGACAAGAGAGGGGGAUGAAGAUAUUGGAACUCGAAGCUUAAAAUUUUAGCAGGCCUCCUCGCUAGCAGUUCAAUAUUUUAGAAGCCCUCCCCAUCCUGUUGGUUUUGAAGUAUACAAAUUUUCGGGGCCCUUCUCUUAGUUCAACAAUUUUUUCAAAGCCCCUCUUUCAGCUGUCUAAAAAUUUUCGCCCCUCCCUCCCUCAAUAUCUUCAUCCCCUCCUUGUCAUAUUAAAUGAACUUUCCCUUACAAUCGUCAAUCUAAUUUCUCUGCCAGGAUCUCGAUAGAACUCUCACAGGAAGAGCAUUUUCUGAAAAACGGCAAAUCUCGGAACGCGGCUACCUUUUUUAACUUCGGCUUCCCCUGAAUAAAUCUCCGUUUUACUUAUUCACCUCUUUAAAUAGGUAUACGGGAUUAGUGAAGUGGAGUCGGGAAAAUCAGUUGUAGAAGUAAGCACACCAAUUAAUGGGAUUGGGUCAGGCAGUUUCCUGGGUUAUUGCUUAUGAUUUUAACAAUCCAACAAAACAAUCCUGGAAUGACGUAAACAUAUGUCUCAUGGCGAUAAAGCUCGAUUGGUUGGAGCUCCCUUGUCAAUAAAAAAAUGAGAUUCGAGCAGUUAAAUAUCGUAAUACAUCCCUUUCGGCUUACAACUUGGGCCGGAAUACGAAUUAUUCUCAGAUUAAAAUCUGUCUUGGGAGUGAAGGGAUUAAGCUAAGACAUAAAGACCGAAAAUCGCUUGUCCGCCUUCUUCUGCUCAGUGGCGCUUCCUUAUUUUCUUUCUUUCUAUCUUCCUUUCUCUUGCUUGCCCCUUUCCUUAAGAACUUUUUUCUUUUUUUCCCUCCUUCUAAUCCAUUCUCUCUUUUUUUUCCAGGUCGGACACAAGCGUUUUAUUGGCGGAAUCAUCGCAGCCUUCACCCUUUUUAACGAUCUUGCCGACUUUAUGGGGAGGGUCAAUAACGUGGUCGGCUGGUUUGACAACAUCGACCGCUUUAUGGGAUCAGGAGGAACAGAGAGUGAAAGUGAAGUUAAUGUUGCAGAGAUCAAUGAGUUAAAGACAAGGUUGGAUGGUUUAGCGACUGACGUGGAGAGUAAGAUUGAACUCAGAAUGUUUGAUGUUUAUAAUUUAUAACGGAUCAGCUUCUCGUAGAGAAAAAUUAGAGGAAAUGAAAAAUCCAUCAUUAUAUGUUUGGUAUACAAUGCCUGAAUUUUGUUAUCGGUCGCAGUCAGUCUCCUUUACGGAUCGAGUCUACCUUUCGGUAGGUCGGAUAUUGGUAGAAGGAUAUAUUAAAGCGUCUUAUUCUAGCAUCGUUUGGGUCGGUAAUUGGUUAUAAUUAAGUUUCGUCAUUUUCCCUCUAAGCAUUAAUUGUUUUCCUGCUAAACGUUUUUUUGACCGUCGAUUUUAAUACUGUAACCACAGAAAUAUAUUUCAUUGGUUUUUUUUGUAUUUUAAUGAUAUUUGCUGAUUUUCAGUUUUACAUACAAUUUUACCACACACUAUUCUCACUUACUACCUUACUACCUCACUUUAACUCACUACACACACACACGCGCGCGCGCACGCAAUAUUUCACUGAUGACUCUAGAAGGUUUCAACGAAGGUCGCCGACGUCAUCUUGGAUGUGGGGCAAACGCGGCAAAAAUUUACAGUAAAUGUAUGGAAAAAAUCCUGCCGGAUUUUGAUUCUCAAUAGCUUGGGCAAGGUUGAUAUUCUGAAAUUUCUGUGGAAACUAAAGAUCUUAGCUAAGAGUGUUAGCCGAUUAAAUUUGAAGGGUACCGGUUCGCUGAGAAGCGAGAAUUCGCUCUUUUAGUUAUUCAUACAAAUGCUUCUCAAUUUUCCCGCGAACGGCGGCUCCAUUUUACAGACAAAUAUAUGAAAAAUAAAAUUUAAAUUUGCGAUUUUCUUUGUAAGAGUACAAUUCUCAAAUUUGAUUGAUUACCUCUUUUAAGUAAUAUUUUCAGUUUUGUAAUUCAUAGAAAUUGCAGAAUGUCAACCUUCCCCAAGUUAUCGAGGACCAAAAUCACGACUGUUUUUCCCAUACAUUCAAUGUUUGCCCCACAACCAAGAUGGCGUCGGCGACCGUGAAACCUUCUAUAUACUCAACGUAGUCAAUAUGCAAUCUUUUCCAUAGACGGUUUCAAAAGCCUUCUUGCUGGGGGUGAAUACACAGAUGUGUUGAAUAUUGUGGCCAACGACGUGGAAAAAUUACAGCUUAUUGAUGGUUAUCAAAGAGAAUACUUAGCAGAGGUAAAGCGUUACAAAGAACUACCUGCAGGAGAGAGAAAUAGCGAAGAAAUGGCUGCUAGUGAAGACAGUUGGUUCGAGAGUGUGAGUUUGUUUCUUAUUCUGACUAUUCAGGGGAAAACCCCUAUUUCGUCUAACAUAUAUACAUCCAAGCCCCGGCUCUAUAUUUCCUAUAGUUCGCAUAUAAAACUCCUAUUGGAUUAUUGGGAGUAACGCAAAGUAUAAAAAUCGCCUAGCAUUCAGUAAGUAAUAUUUAAUAAAUGAGCCGGAGUGUUUUAUCAAGUUUAAAACACGAGUUGUAGCCGAGUGCUUUGAGACUUGAGAAAAACGACUUGCGAAUUUAUUGAACGGCUUCAAAAGCCUUACCGUACAUCUAUCAGUGAUCUAUCCAUUCUCGCACUUUUUUAGAUUUUGGGUUAUUUUUGGCCAAGAUCUAGAAAAUCGUUUGUUUAUCAGAUAUAAAGACACCCAUUAAACACUGAUUUUGUUUGUUUUUCCAUGCUGAACUGAGUUAUAAUGAGUUUUUGAAAAAACGUUAAGAAAUUGAGUUGUGGUAGACGAGUAAACAAUAUAUAAAAAACAGUGUUAGGGAUUCGCAAUAUCCCAUACCGGAGGUUUUGAUAUUUUUAAAUGCACCACGCCAAACUUUAAAGUUAAGUGUUAGGGCCCCACGUUGGUGUCUCUCAAUGGUCAGUAGAAACAUCUGUAACUCACUUUGGCCGGCUUCCUCCGCUGAACCUGCAAACAUUCACAUAAACAUCUAGCUUAACCUUUUACCUGUUCAGGGCUCGAUACAUGGUGAAUUAACGUUUCCUGACAUUUUCGAUUACUCUCAUACGCUUUCACUCCUUUAUCAGCAGCCAUCUCUAUGUUAUACACCGGGAAACAAAUCCGAAAUUUAAUCUGAUGGCAAGCAAAAACCGAUUUGGGUAUCUUGUCCUAUGAUUAGUGGUUACAAAUGGCGAGACAAUAUGACAAUGAUAAUGAUAAGGAUAAUAACAAUAAUGAUGAUGACUUUGUUAUUGUGUUAAGUACAUCUAGCAGUGGAGAAAGGAGACACCUAACUAGAACUAUCUACUAUUAGCAUAAUUACUCAGGUGAUUAUAGAAAUCUUCGCUCUCAUUGGCCAAGAAUGACGUCAUAUUCCGCUAUAAUCACCUCUGGCUAGGUGAUUAUAGCGGGAGGAAAAAUUUUGAGAAUGGCCGUCUCGCACUUUCUCUGGCUUCAUAACUCCAGUAACAAUAAUUCAGGCUUUCAAACUCCUAGGUGAUGUGGCGACGGCUUGACUCUCCCGGGUACAAGAGCGUCUCUCAGGGUACCCUUGGCUUUUAGACAAGUUUGGGAUUUUAUCCAGACAGUAGCCAUUAGGCUGGCAUCAAAAGUAAAGAUAUCCAGCUUUUAUUAGGGUGCUCUGUAAGAAAAGGGAUCAUUACGUGGCCAUCUCACCAACGUUUAGCAUAGUUUGAUUCAGUUCAAAAGGUGAAAUAUAUCUAGAUCUUUGCAUGUGGCAUAGAUAGAUAGCCGGUAUGGAAUACCAAGCCCGUAAGAUUAUAUUAUUCAUUUAUCCAGCAUCUACAAAUUAACAAACACACAUCAACGAAACUAACACUAUACAUUAAACUAGUAUACAUAAAUGGUAAUAAUGCUGCCGAAGGGGAAAACAAUAUAAAGUAUGCUAGCAAUAACCCUAUGAACUGAACAGUGAUCCAUCAAUUCCAGAAUUGAUUGGAUGAGACACGAGGUUUUGAUAAUUCGUGAUGUCAGGCGAAACCCGAAUUCAAUAAUUGUUUUAUUAUACAUUUUUCACAUAAUUCAUCCUCAGAAACAGAAGCGAAGAGUUCAGCCAUUUUUUUUCAAAGGAGAACACUCCAAGGGGCUUAGUAACCAGGCAGAUGUUUGAACUUGACAUGAUAAAUGCAAUAUCUUCAGCAGAUAUUGCAUUUAUCAUGUCAAGUUCAGAAGCUAUUGUGAAUUGAUUGAAUGCUCUCGACCAAUCUGAUUUUUCAUAGUGAGUCUGAUGUAUAAUAAAAGACUUUAAAGGCCAUGGUCACGACACAGAUAAGUGGAGUGAUUACGAUGAGGACAAUUUUCCUUUUGAGCGGCUUCAAAAGGUGUAUGUCCCCGAUGAGGACUCUUUAGAACAAAGAAUGAACAUUUUCCAUGGCCAGCUUUACAGUCUUGACAGAGAGAAUCGUAAAUUUCGUCUUCCCCUUCAGCUCUUUUUUUGAUAAAGAGUAGAUCAGAUAGCUAAAUAAAUCAGAAUAAAUAAAGAAACAAAAUAAAAUUACUUAAAUGACCGGUUUUGGAGAUCUUUGAAUGAAAUCAAUCGAAAAUUUUACGGUUUUAAAUACUUGGGCCUUACUCGUUGAUUUCCUCAAUGAACACUGGUUUAUUGUCACGGCUACAACCAUUGAAAUCUUCAUUCGUGCUUUCAUGGUCCAGCGCUUCUGUAACACGGCAAAUGAAAGCGCAGGAUACAAAGAGAACUUUUAAACCGCACUUCCCAAACUUCCCUGCCAUAAGGCCGAAAGAAAAAUUUUUCGAACGGCGAAAAAUUUGGUAUCAAAACGCGCCAAAUUCAACGUAGAUUUCGAAAACAAUUGGCUUUUUAGGAAAACAUCUGUGCGUGACGAGAAAUUGCGCUUUUAGUCUCCCAGAACAAACCAGAAUCGGCAUUAUUCCCACACGAAAAGCCGACCCUAAUAUUUUUCUGAUUGCCCUGAAACAGGAUUGCCUUGACGCUCAAUAUGUUAAACUUCCCUACUCUAUGUGACCUCUUUCCAUUUUCUAUGUUUUACUGUGCAAACGAAGGCAAAAUGUUCAAAAACUUCAUAAUUUUAAAGGAGUUUACGUUACUCGACGUGAUGCAGAUAAAUUUCAUGACCUUUUGUUAAACGUGACUUUGAUAUGCUGCGCAUCCUAAAUCUUCCCAUUCGCGCAUAACCACAAUUCCUUGCGGCAUACCACUACUCAUCCUAAAUCUUCCACUAACCACAAUCUCUUGCGUUUAGUAAGAAAAAGUGAUUGCAAGCCCCUAUAAUGUAAUCUUCUGCUGAUUAAAGAGCUGCCUCGCUCGUUCGCUUUAGGCUCACUCGCUGCGGCAGCAAUAAAGAAAAGGCCACCCCCAUUUUGUGUCAAUCGUAAUGUUCACGCUUUGAAGCAAUGGUGCUUGUUAUACAAAUAUCUUUUCUGUUAGCAAUUCUGCCAAAAGCAUUUAAGCCUGAUGAUCUUGGAAUCAAUUAUUGCAUUUGUAUGUUAGAGAAACUUUGGUUUUUAUUCACUUAUUCUCUUUGGUUGUCAGAUUGACGCCAGAGACGACCAUCUUGAGGACGCUCUUGGCAGCCUGCGCUUGCAAGUUUGCGGAAAACCUUUGCUUACCCAAACAAGUUUGUAUGAAGCUUAUGCCUGGAAACACGGACAGCAAUCCACAGGCAGCGUGGAAAGCCUGAUGGAAUUUAUAUCUCGGGUUCGCCUUUUAGAGGCCAAUGGAUAUGCCGUGCGAAUGAAUUUUGUUAAGAAAAAGUACAAGGACGACACGGCGCGGAAGAACAUAGAAGUAAGAAAAAUUAACACCCGGAUGGAACAGACUAAGACAUGUGAAGACCCUGCCAUUGCCAAGGCCAUGUCGAGAAUGGUAGAUCAUCAAGGUUGGUCGGUUUUAAAAAAUGCCUCCUUUGAGCACUUAGAAAAUAUUUAUAUAUUUACUUAUUCUGAUAGAGGAUUCUUGAUUAAGUGUAAUAUGAGCAUCUGAAACAGUUAAGUCGUUCCUUCAUAACUUAACUAGGAGUUUCAAUGUGAAAGUGGGUGCUGGCGUCAGAGCUUGAAGGGAAUACUGAUAACACGAUUUGAAAUAAAACGGUAUAAUAGGGGUUGGUGUAGCUUUUUAAAAGAGAAUUACGAUUUUUCCAGCUAGUUAAGUUUCAAAGGGCUUUUGUGAAACAACAACAGAGCCCAAAUAUAUUUUUCUUGAGUAAGAAAAGAACGUAACAAAUGCUACAACUUGGUUUAUGAGACCCAGGAAACCUUUUCAAAAAUUAGCCUUUAUGCUUUAAAAACGUUACCAGUAAAAGUGAAAAUGAGACAUUUUAAUAAGGCCAUCCCAAUAAAAUGUUUCGUUUCCCAUCGCCCUCCCUCUCGUGAAGGUGGGUCGGUCGGUCGGGCAAAAAAAUAAAAAUAAACACAUGAAGGGUUCUGAGUGCCAGCGAAGGCCAGGCUGCUAAGUACGAAAGCUUGGUUACGUGGUCCUUUCGGUCGUAAUCAGAUGAGGUAACAGAAACAGGACUACCAAAUGUCUAAAAAAGCUACAAAAACGAAGUAUCCAUGGUAAUUUAAGACAAUUGGUGUUAAUAAGACAAGAUCGUGUGCUUGUAAACUAAAGUACUUGCUUCUUUACAAGUGAUUCUGAUUUUUCUUUUUUUACUUUUCCACAAAAAUGGGUCGGUCGAUCGGGCGAUGGGAAACGAAACAUUUUAUGGGGAUGGCCUAACAUGAAUUUGUGAGUUUACUGAAACUUGAGCCGUCACGCAACGUGACAUGAAAGGUCAUGUCCAAUCACAUUAAAGCAAGGAAAUUUGAAUUCAACCCCUAACGGAGACCAUCUGGGCGUGGCUCAAGCUUUUUGUGACCCCUAAAGGAGACAAUCUGGUCCUGGCUUGAGUAAAGUUUGGCGUUCAUAAGCAGUAACCUAAGGAGAGCCUGGAAAAAAUCCAGACUUGAACAGAAUUCGAACCCAUGACCUCUGCGAUCAUCUACAGGUUCAUUACAAACUCAAAAAAGGACUGACCAGCUCCCAGUUGGCUUGAUAACUCAAUUAGUGAAACACUGCAUUAGCAUCGCAGAGGUCAUAGGCUGAACACUAGUUCAAGCCUAGUUAGUUUUUUUUAAGGCUCUCCUUAGGGUUAGAAGCUUUUAUAACAGCGAUGGAGUCGUUCUAUACGUUCUUCUGCCCACAGUUCAGCUACUUGUCCUUUGUAUAUAAUCUCCAGUAUUAAAGCAGAAAAAUUAUCGUUCAUUAAAAAAAGUGUUGUCGCGAUUUUGAUGGCUUUGUUCCUACUUAUUUUGAAAGUAGUAACGGAGAAACAAAUCCCAGAAAUAAAAGGGCGAUUAUUGAGGAAUUGCACUGGAGUUUAAACAGAAAAUUACAGUGAUGCAGCAUAUUCACUCUCAUGAGCACGCUGUUGAUCUCUGCCCCAUAUACGCUACUUCACCCAUACUUUUAUAGAGUUUUCACUCACGUGAUCAAUGAGCAUGUUUUUCAACCUAAACAAAUAGAAAAGUCUGCAAAAGAAUAGAGUUCAAUUCCCGGAGGAUUAGUUUGGACAUGGCUGCCGUUCCAACUUGAAAAUACUCCAUAAUAAACUUUAUUCCAAAAUGGCCACCAUUUUAGUAUGCUUUUGUUUACUUGCAAAUUAACACCUUGUUGCCUCGUUCUUAAACUCGAAAUUCAAAAGAAUAUUUUCCUUUAAACGAGGCAACAAGGGCUAAUUUGCAAGUAAACAAAAUAAUACUAAAUUGGCGGCCAUUUUGGAAUAAGGUGCAUAGAGUGUUUUCGCUUGAACAAUAGCGAAAUUGUCCUUUGGUAAUUUGACUCUAUUAUUAUGCAAAACUUGUUCGAUGUUUUGCUAUUGUCUUGUAUAUCAACACACGUGAGUGAAAACACUCUACUGUUUGUUUGUUUUUCAUGACAGUUUGUUUAACUUAGCCUCUAAAUCGUUGUUAUCUCUUUUCUAGGUAUACCUGCAUUUGGAAGAAUUCGCUGGUCGCAUUCACAUCAUAACAGCUCAAGUCGAGAGACUUAUGACAGGUUUGUUAGGAUGUACAGAGCUUUAUGAAGUUUUGAAAAUAUUCUUGUUUGCUUUAUUUCAAUUACUUCAUGGUUUGAAUGGGGUCAUACCCUGUAUCGGGUGAGUAUCCUACCUGAUUUUAAUCAUGCACUGGGCCACUGUUUUCUUUCCAGUGUUUUUCUGGUAAUUGUUUGAGAUGAUUUUUGCUUUAGAAAGGCAACUGAUUAUAUUAAAAACUAUUUGAUGAGGUAAAAAUGUUACCAAAAAUAAAAUGAUGGAGGAGAUAAUAAUCGCGAAAGAAGAUUACAACUUACACUAGUGAUAUGUUAUUCUUCUUCUUCACAUAAGUUACCGUUUGUUUUACCCUCCCAUUACAUUCCUUCAAAACAGGUGUCUGACUUACGAGACUUCAUCUGGAGAGGCAGAGCCUGAAGCACGAUCUUGUUCAACUACGGCGCAAAACCAACAAUGGAAACUCAAAGCUGAUAACACACUGCGGCCAAGGAAUGACCAAAACAAAUGUCUUUUCCUGAUCGAACCGGAGGAGACUCGUGGAGCAUCAUUCAGCGACUAUGGCUAUAAGGUCCUACCCUGUAGUUCAAGCUACAACAACAAGAAGUUCACAUUCGAAUACUUGAGCCAUCAGAGAUCGGGCGAGAACAAACUGCACACAUUUUUCAAACUUAAAGCCAAAAAUGACAAUUUUGAUCGCCCCGGAUGGCAAGGGCAAGACAUCUGUUUGGCUUUCAGGGCGUCGGGGGGAUAUGUGGGAACCACCUUUGAUCGUUGGGUUCCACAACCGUUUCGAUGUACCUGUCCUCCUAUUACGAAUGAGCUGCAUUGGUGUAUUGGAGAGUAUCCUCCAAGUGCUUCUGAUAAUGAGUACCCCUGGUUCAAAUUUGAGCCAGUUGAAUAAAGAGCUUUUAUUAGAAUGACAUAAAAAGACAGAAGAAUGUCGC